AUGAGCACGUCCCAAUUCUCGUACUCAUCCGCGCGUCUGCGGCGCGUGGAGUACCUCCAGUUUGGGGUGUUCUCUCCCGACGAGGUGCGUCAGAUGAGUGUCACGAAACAGAUCAAAGUGAACGAUCGCAUCAUUCCUGACGGGAUCACACGCCCUGAGACGUUCAUCAACGGCCAGCCCGUCAUCGGCGGUAUUGGGGACCCGCGUAUGGGCACGUGUGACUUUCGAGCGCGGUGCAAGACGUGUGAUUGCACAUACAGUGGCAGCGGUGCGAAAGUGAACGACUGUCCGGGCCAUUUUGGCCAUAUCGAGCUUGCCCGUCCCAUGUUUCACGUUGGAUUUAUCAAGAUCUGCAAGCAAAUCUUGAGUUGCAUUUGCUUCCACUGCUCCAAGAUUCUCGUGGACGAGAGGGAUCAUCGCUUUCGCGCAGCGAUGCGUCAAAAAAACGGCCAACGCCGAUUGAAAAUGGUGUACGAAAUCUGCAAGAACAAGGGCAUGUGCGAGUACGGUGACGAGUCCAAUAUGGAGAAAGUGCAAGAGGGGUGGAACCUCGGCUUGCAGGGCGGCAUCACGAACGAACAGGCGCCCAAGGACGUCGGCCACGGCGGGUGCGGGGGGCGUUUGCCAAAGUACCGGCAAGUGGGGAUCAGCUUGCAAGUUGAGUUCCCCGAAACCAUGGAAGACAUCCCAGGCUCAGGGGACAAGAAGCAGAACUUGCCCGCUGACAAGGUGCUCAGCAUCUUUAAAAACAUCACGGACGCCGACUGCAUUGCACUUGGGUUUAACCCGCGGUGGGCACGUCCCGACUGGCUCAUUUUGACACUCAUUCCAGUCCCACCACCACAUGUCCGCCCGUCGGUCGCAAUUGACGGGGCUGCGCGAGGGGAAGAUGACUUAACACACAACUUGGCCUCGAUCGUCAAGGCGAAUCUGGCGCUGCUGAAUUGUGUCAAGAAGGGCGAGCCGUCACACAUCAUAUCGCAGUUUGAACAGCUUCUGCAGUUCAACCUGAGUACAUUUGUCAACAAUGAACAACCAGGACUGCCUCAAGCGCAGCAAAAGAGCGGCAAGCCUCUCAAGACGAUGCGGCAGCGCCUGCGCGGCAAGGAAGGCCGUAUCCGUGGGAACUUAAUGGGAAAGCGUGUCGACUUUUCGGCGCGUACGGUCAUCACGGCCGAUCCGAACUUGGCGAUCGACCAAGUCGGCGUUCCGCGCAGUAUCGCAAUGAACUUGACUGUUCCAGAGCGCGUGACGCCAUUCAAUAUGGUCCUGAUGCACGAGUUGAUUAGCCGGGGGCCGUUGGAGCAUCCCGGUGCCAAGUAUAUCAUCCGUGAGGACGGGAACCGCAUCGAUCUGCGCUACAUCAAGAGCAAGUCAGAGCUUGCUCUGAAGUGCGGCUGGAUCGUCGAGCGCCACUUGCGAGACGACGACUACGUGUUGUUCAACCGUCAGCCGAGUUUACACAAGAUGAGUAUCAUGGCCCAUCGAGUCAAAGUGCUAGACUGGUCGACGUUCCGCCUCAACAUCUCGGUCACGACCCCGUACAACGCCGAUUUUGACGGCGACGAAAUGAACUUGCACGUGCCGCAGUCCAUGACGGCGCGCGCAGAAGCGCAAGAGCUCAUGAGUGUGCACAAGAACAUCAUCACGCCGCAGCGUAACGCGCCUGUCAUGGGUAUUGUGCAGGACAGUUUACUCGGUGUGCAAAAGUUCACCAAGCGAAACAUCUUUGUCGAAAAAGAUCUUGUGAUGAACAUGCUCAUGUGGGUCUACACUUGGGACGGCAAGGUCCCGACUCCCGCGAUCCUCUUGCCCGACAAGUCAAAGGCCGGCAAAUACCGCCCCAUCUGGACGGGGAAACAAAUCAUGUCGACCAUUAUCCCCAACAUCAACUUUAUCGGGUACUGCUCGACGCAUGAAAGCGAUCAGAACAAGAAGGACUGCGACUUGCCCUUUCGACGAAAGAUGAGCCCCCGCGACACCCACGUGAUCAUCCAAAACGGUGAAUUGCUGGCUGGGAUCAUUGACAAAAAGACAAUCGGGCCCGGCGCAGGCGGUUUGAUCCAUAACACUGUCCUCGAACUUGGACACGACGAGGCCAAGCGUUUCUUGGGUGCGACGCAGUAUUUGGUCAACCAGUGGCUCGUGUGGCACAGUUUUACGGUCGGGAUCUCCGACACGAUUGCCGAUGUUUCGACGCUCAAGAAUAUUGUCGACAUUAUCACGAACGCCAAGAUUAAAGUGCAAGAUUUGGUCGUGACGGGUCAAAAAGGCAAGCUGGAACUGCAGCCCGGUCGCACGAUGAUUGAAACGUUUGAAAUGUUUGUGAACACUGUGCUCAACAGUGCGCGUGAUCAGUCGGGUCGUGAAGCGCAGGGGAGUUUGGAUGAAACGAACAACAUCAAGGCAACUGUGACGUCUGGGUCCAAGGGGUCGUACUUGAAUAUUUCGCAGAUUAUUGCUUGUGUCGGACAGCAAAACGUCGAAGGGAAGCGUAUUCCGUAUGGAUUCCACCACCGCACACUGCCGCAUUACGGCAAGGACGACUUGGGGCCAGAGUCGCGAGGGUUUGUCGAAAACUCGUACUUGAAGGGGUUGACGCCGCAAGAGUUUUUCUUCCACGCCAUGGGUGGUCGUGAAGGUUUGAUCGAUACUGCCGUGAAGACCGCCGAGACUGGGUACAUUCAACGUCGGUUGGUAAAAGCCAUGGAAAGUGUCAUGUCGCGGUACGACGGCACGGUGCGAAACAGUAACGGGGAAAUCAUCCAGUUUUUGUACGGCGAGGAUGGCAUGGACGCUGUGUGGGUCGAAAAGCAAAGCUUUGACGGCCAUACACUGAACCGUGCCAAGUUUGAGGCCAAGUUCAAGCUGGAUCCAUUCGACGAAGACUUGGGGACGCUGCCCCAUUGCCCUGACGAACUGUAUAUGGACCCCCAGAUCAUUGCAGACAUCCAGUCAAACCCCGUCACACAGCAGUUGCUGCGCGAAGAAUUCAUCCAGCUCCAAAAGGACCGCCUGAACUUGCGCGUGAUUUUGGGGUCGCGAGGCCAAGGCCAAGAAAGUGACCAAGCGGCCCAAGUGCCGGUGAACUUGCGCCGGUUGAUUCAGAACGCACAGCAACUGUUCUCUAUCUCGCUGCUCCAUCCCACGACUUUGCAUCCCGAAAACAUUAUCGUUGGUGUUCGCGAACUUUGCCGCGAGAUCAUUGUCGUCCAGGGCGACGACCACUUGUCCGUGGAAGCACAAGAAAAUGCGACCCUGUUGUUCCAGAUCCUGCUUCGUUCGACGCUGGCUGUCAAGCGCGUGUUGUUGGAGUAUCGCUUGAACAACUCUGCAUUUGAAUGGCUCAUGGGCGAAAUCAAGUCGAAAUUCUUGAGCUCGCUGGUCGCUGCCGGUGAAAUGGCUGGUGUCGUUGCGGCGCAAAGUAUCGGGGAACCCGCCACACAGAUGACGCUCAACACAUUUCACUACGCCGGUGUGUCGGCUAAGAACGUAACGUUGGGGGUACCACGUCUCAAGGAAAUCAUCAACAUCGCCAAGGACGUCAAGACACCGUCGAUUCAGAUCUACCUCAAGCCCGAUUGCGCGCACGAUGCCGAAAAAGCCAAGCAAAUUCAAUCGACCCUCGAAUACACGACGUUGAUGGAUGUGACGUCAAGCACGGCAAUCUACUACGACCCGGACCCGACGUCGACGGUGGUCGAGGAAGAUGCGGACUUUGUUGCGAGUUACUACGAUGUGAUUGACGAAGACACGCCAUUGGCACGGUCGCCGUGGCUGUUGCGUAUUGAGUUGAACCGCAUCAUGAUGGCCGAUAAGAACUUGGAGAUGAAGGAAAUUGCGCUCCAAAUUGAAAACGAAUACGGCCAAGACUUGAGCUGCAUCUACACGGAUGAUAAUGCUGACAAACUGGUCCUGCGCAUCCGUAUCAUGAGCGAGGAAGAAGACAAGGUGUCGCAGAGCGGCAGCGCAAGCGUUGGCCAGGAAGACGAUACAUUCUUGAAGCGCGUUGAGCACAACAUGUUGACCCAAAUGCGUUUGCGUGGCGUGCCGAACGUGAAGAAGGUGUUUAUGCGCGAGAACCCGCAGAAUCAGUGGGACGAAGGCAAGGGGUUCAUCAUGGUCAAGGAAUGGGUGCUCGACACGGAUGGGACCAACUUGCUCGACAUCAUCUGCCACGAAUCCAUCGACGCAUCGCGCACGAUCAGUAACGAUAUUGUCGAAAUCAUCGAAGUGCUUGGGAUCGAAGCGGUGCGUCGCGCGCUGCUCAACGAAAUCCGCAACGUCAUUUCGUUUGAUGGCGCGUACGUAAACUACCGCCACUUGGCGUGUUUGGCCGACGUGAUGACGUUCCGUGGCCACUUGAUGGCCGUGACGCGCCAUGGCAUCAACCGCGUGGAUUCUGGACCUCUCGUACGCUGCUCGUUUGAAGAGACGGUCGAGAUUCUCAUGGACGCUGCCAUGUUCAGUCAAGGGGACGAGCUCGCGGGGGUGACGGAGAACAUCAUGUUGGGGCAAUUGGCGCAUUUGGGCACGGGCGUCAUGGACUUGGUGCUGGACGCCAAGAAGCUGAGCCAGGCGAUCGAAUACGACGCGUCGGAAAUUGAAAACGUCAUGCGCGAAUUUUCCAAGGAUUACACGACACCGGAUGUCAACACUCCCAUGGCAACCCCGUGGGGCCAAACGCCCAUGUAUGGCACGCCUGCCCCAGGAACGCCAAGCUUCGGAACUCCCGGCGCAACGUCGCCUCUCAUGAGUCCAUCCGGGUCAUUCUCGCCGUUUGUGUCGUUCUCCCCACACAAUGUGCCCACAUCGCCUUAUUCACAAAGCCCAGGGUACGCUCAAAGUCCAGGCCUCAACCCGACGUCCCCAAUCUAUUCGCCGACGUCGCCUGCGUACUCCCCGACCUCGCCUGCCUACAGUCCCACGUCCCCGGCCUACAGCCCCACUUCCCCGGCGUACUCGCCAACGUCUCCUGCCUACAGCCCCACUUCCCCCGCGUACAGUCCAACCUCUCCGGCGUACUCACCCACGUCUCCUGCAUAUUCGCCGACCUCUCCCGCGUAUUCGCCGACUUCCCCUGCUUACUCGCCGACUUCCCCCGCGUACUCCCCAACGUCACCAGCCUACUCCCCUACCUCCCCGGCUUAUUCGCCAACAUCUCCGGCGUAUUCGCCGACUUCCCCUGCUUAUUCGCCGACUUCACCAGCAUAUUCCCCGACGUCCCCAGCCUACAGCCCAACUUCCCCUGCGUAUUCGCCAACUUCCCCCGCGUAUUCGCCGACGUCUCCAGCGUACAGCCCGACAUCGCCUGCUUACAGUCCGACGUCUCCAGCUUACUCUCCAACUUCCCCUGCUUAUUCCCCGACGUCGCCAGCAUAUUCCCCGACAUCCCCAGCUUACUCGCCAACGUCCCCCGCGUACUCUCCGACUUCCCCUGCCUACAGCCCGUCCUCUCCUGCAUACAGCCCUGCUUCUCCCGAAUACAACCCUUCCGAAGGCUCGUACGGCGGCGGCGGCGGCUCUGGGCGAUAUACCGAUUAA